GGGCGUGAUAUAUACAAUGUGGGUUAGUGUAUCCGUUUCUGCACUUGCACGGCAGUUUAGGCUACUUUCGGACGCUCAAACAGACUGCAGAGAUGGAUCUAGAACAAAUGGGUCCCCAGACCUUCCUGUACGGCUGUGAGCUCAAGGCAGGAAAGGAUAUCAUUUUUAACCCAGAGCAUGAUGAUUUUGAUCAUCAGUUAUCAGUCAGAAUGGCGUGCGUUGAUCCCACAACUAAAGAUGAACUGAAUGUUGUGGAGAUCGAAGGACAAGACAUGGAGGGUCAGAAGGUCAAUGCAGUGCUGGCCACACUCAAGCCUUCCACCCUUCCCAGCGUGUGUUUGGGCGGGUUUGAGAUCACUCCACCUGUUGUGUUCAGACUGCGCACUGGUUCUGGUCCAGUUCACAUUAGCGGACAGCAUCUUGUCAUCAUGGGUGGAGAGCAGUCCUUUGAAGAAGAAGAGGAGGAGGAAGAAGAGGAGGAGGAGGAGGAAGAGUUGAAGACUUCUAAGAAACGGCCAGCGCCAUUGUCCCUGAAGCCUUCAAAAAAAAUAAAGAUGGAUGAAGAGGAUGAUGAUAAUGACGACGACGAUGAGGAUGUGGAUGAGGAAGAUGACGAUGAUGAUGAGGAGGAGGAAAGUGAAGAAGAGACACCUGUAAAGGAAAAGAAGCAACCAUCCAAGCCACAGACCCCAGCACAGAAUGGAAAAGGACCCAAACCCAGUACACCAGCUGCUAAACAGAACAAGACUCCAGAAAACAACAAGGGUGACAAGAAAGCACAGUCACCUAAAACACCACAGACCCCUCGAGCGCCUCUCACAAUACAAGAAAUCAAGACCAAGAUUAUGGCGAGUGUUGAAAAGGGUGUAUCACUACCGAAACUACAGCCAAAGUUUGAGAACUAUGUGAAGAACUGCUUCAAAAACAAUGAUGCAAAGGUCAUUGAGGAGCUGUGGAAGUGGAGACAAACUGUCAAAGAGAAGAACUAAACAGCCUUUUAUUUUGCUUAAAUUAUUAGGGUUUGUUUGUUUUUGUUACCCAUGAUUUUACUUUUGUUACCUGUAAUUUUAUGUUUGUCCCGCAUUCUCGAGUUUGUUAAAUCCGUGCCAUUCCUUUUAAAAUAGACUUUAUUCGGAAAGUGUCCCCUUUCAUUCUUUGCAGUCCGCCCUUACCUCAACCAUGUGUUGUCAUGUCCAUGGAGCCUGGCCUCAAUCUGGCAACCUUAAUGGUUAAAUGAGACACUCUUAGCACAGUCUCAGCCCUCUACUGUCAUUUAUAUGGGGCUUUGACUGUGCCCGUCCAUGGUUUCUUUAAAAUAACAUGGACAUUUUUGUUUGUGUUUUAAGGAGAUGGCAAUUUACAUGAAUCUUGUAAAACUUGACCUGGUUUGUUAUACAUAAUUAGUGGGUUCCUGAAUAAUUUCAAUGAAUCAUUGAUUCAUUUCAGUAUUUCUGCAGUUGCAUUCAUUUUGUUAUUGUUAAAAUUCUGUAACAUACAGGUUGGAAUGUAUUGAUGUUUGGAAUUGAUUUGUGAACUCUUAAUCCAACCGUCAGCCAUGAAUUUUGUAUUUCAUAUCGAGGUCUGUGCAGCUAAAUCCUGGUAAAAGAACCAAAACUCAAACUUUUGAUUCCAGUUUAAAUGUGAGUUCUGUGACUUUCUUUGAGAUUUUGAAACCAGCAAAUAAAUAUAAAUAAACUUUAUAUUUCAGAAGCGUAAACCCAAUUUCUUUGCAGUGUUUGUGGUGUUAAACACCAGUCUUCAAUGUGCAUAAUGUAGGAAAACUUGUUUGCUGUUGUAAAUCAAUUUGUUACAUUUGCAUUUCAUGUGAUUUAAAUAUGGCUAAUAAAUCAGGAUUCAGCUC